AUGAUUGACAAACGCAACCUUUCGACCGGACUUCGCCUCUUGCUAUUAUCGAGUAUAGCUUUUCUGGCAUGUCCUGGUCCCUCCACAACAAACGCCGCGAUGCACGGUUUCGUAGCUUCGAACAAUCAGACUCACGAGAGCACGCUUACUCCGCCUUCAGCUGAAGAAUCGGAGGAGAGACUCUUCAACACACUCGAGGAAGAAACGGGUAUGCUCACAGCACUUGCUGAGCGACUUCAUAAGUCGAAGAACUGGCAGGCAUUAGUGAACCAUCGUCUCGUCCGAUUCUUUGUGCCUCAUUGGCAAUUGCGUUUUUCCUCUAAAUAUAAGGAAAUUGCCAAUGACCUCUUCCGCAAGAACUUUUUCGAACCCUCCGAGCUGAAAAAAAUAAAUGGGGAUCUUCUCAGCAGUAAAGAAUUCAAAGAGUACUCGAAACUUUUCGACAGAGCGUUCUCUGAUCAGCAACUGGGUAUGAAAGCGGAGCGCAUGAUCGAUCCAUUGGUCGAAAAUGUUGAAGAUGGCUUGAUCACCUCCAUUACACGUGUCAAAGAGGCUGGGAACCCAACGGAAUUCGUGCUCGAGCUUGAAAAGGCUAUGCUCAACAAAUGGGUUAACACAAAGACGCAGGCUGAAUUUUUGGAGUUGGAUUAUGUCAAGAAAUUGUUUCAAGAUAAUCCAAAUGGGGCCACGAGUUUGUAUAGUAAAUUGCAAUUGGAAAAAGCUGAUGCCUAA